CCAAGAUCAAGGUAGCAGCCAGAUUGGUGUCUGGUGAGGACUGCUCUCUGCUUCUGAGAUGGUACCUUGCUUCUAUACCUUCUGGUGGGAAGGCAUACUGUGUCCUCACAUUGCAGUAGGGACAGAAGGGCAAGAGAGGGCUCUUUUCAACCUUGAGCCCUUUUGUAAGGAUGCUAAAUCCAUUCAGAGGGCAAGGUCCUCAUGACUUAAUCAUCUACCAAAAGGCUUCCCCUCUCAAUACCAUCAUAAUGCUGAUUAAGUUUCAACAUGAAUUUUGAAGGGGACACAUCCAAACACAGCAAUUUCUAAUUUCAAUGAUAGGUUUAACAUCUUUACCUUCUACUUAUUCGUUUUCAAAUUUGCCUGAUUAUUUUAGUACUUUUUUGUUCCUUCAUUACACUUUCAAUAUCCACUUUAUUUACUUAAAAAUAUUGAGCAUACUUUUAUUUUAGAUCUGAUCAUUCUUAUACCUACAGCCUUUGCAGGUCUCUGUCUCUAACCUUUGUGGUUUGUUAUUUCUGCUGUCUCUUUCAUGAUGGCUUGAUUACUUUUCGUGUUUUUGUGAUUUGUCUUGUUGUUAGCUCAUAUUUAUUGGAAAUGUGUCUGUGGAAGUCGUUGACACCUGGUCGAAGAGGCAUUCUUCUACAGAUAACUUGCAUUUUCUUCUCCCAGGGUCCAACUUAAACAACCAAUUUAAACUUGGAAUUUUGAGGUCCACAGAGAGUACAAAGUCUGGCCUAAAACCUCCUAAAGUUAGGUUUGUGGUUAGGAAUGUCCAAGGAAAAGGUAUUUUGUUUUGUUUUUCUUUUUGUCCCCUUCUAUCCAGAGCCAAGCUUGUGAUAAACAUGUGUGACAGGCAGAAUUCUACAAUGCCCCAUGAUCUCUGCUCCCUUGUGUUACCCCAAGUAUAAUCCUCCCUCCCCUGAAUGUGGGUUGAAUCUGUGACUUGCAUCCAAUCAAUAGAGCAUGGCGAAGGUGACAGGCUGUCACUCCCGUUAUGACAUUAUGUUAUAUACAACUUUGUCUUAACAGGCUGGAGAGACUCUACCGUGGCAUUCAAACUGCCAUCUUGUGAACUGCCUGUGGAGAGAACCACAAAGCAGGGAACUGUAAACAGCCUCUAGGACCUGCAAACAGACUCCAGCUGACAACCAGUAAGAAGCCAGGGCCCUCCGUCAUAUAAGUCACAAGGAAAUGAGUUCAACCAACAACCAGAGGGAAUUUGGAAGUAUAUCUUCUCCUAGUGAAGCCUCUGAUAAGAACACAACCCCAGCCAAUACCUGGAUUACAGCCUGGAGAGGUAACGGAAGCAAGUGAAAUGCUCAAUCUUAGACGAUUGCGUCGUAUGACCGGACUUUUUCUUGAGAGGGGAUGACAGCAUGGGAGGAAUUAGCUCCACAUCUAAACCCUACACUGAAAAACAAGGCCCUUUCUCCACAGCAGCCCCAACAACUAGCCCUGCACCGUGUCUCUCUAACCACCACAACAAAAACCAUUUAAUCCUUGCCUUUUUUGCUGGGGUUCUACUGACGCUGCUGCUGAUAGCCUUUAUCUUCCUCAUCAUAAAGAGCUACAGAAAAUGUCACUCCAAGCCCCGGGUCCCGGAUCCUCACUCAGAUCCUCCCGCCAAGCUUUCAUCCAUCCCAGGAGAAUCACUUACCUAUGCCAGCAUGACUUUCAAACUCUCAGAAGAUAAGAGCAAUCACUUGGCUGAGAACCGUUCUGCAGACUUUGACCCCAUUGUCUAUGCUCAAAUUAAAGUGACAAACUAACCUGGCUUUUCCAACGAGGCUUGAAUCCAUUUCCUCUCAUCUCGGCCCCAUCUUCACACAUCACUUUCCCUUUUUUACAAAUUUUGAAUCACCACCUGUGUGAAACUGCAGUCAGAGUUGUUUAGGUGUGAUCUGGCAAUGCUAUCCAGCAGCUUUGGAGACCAAUGGUCAGUCUUUUCCUGGCCAGAGCAAAGAUUGAAGGCCCUCCCACUUGAACUGACAGCCUGUGAGCCCCUUGGGGGCAUAGACUGCCUUCCUUGGACCCUUCCAAAGUGUGUGGUAUGGAGGUCAGUGCACAGAAUAUUCACCCAGCAUCGUGAAUCAACUUGGGAGGAGUCAACCAAAUGAACAGUCUACCAAGAAUUUCAAAUAAAGUCAAACCCCCCACA